AUGGUGUACCUCGGUCGCUCAAGGGGCUGCGAGACCUGCAAGCGACGGAGAAAGAAGUGUGAUGAAACUCGACCAUCAUGCACACGUUGCGUGAAUGCGCGGCGUACUUGCGGCGGGUACGAAACUGAGAAAGCCCUCACAAUCCAAGAAUACGAUGGCGGAAAGAAAAUAGCUCUUCCAAUCAGAUCCGCCGCACGAAAGUGCUCUCUUCCAGUCAGACAAAGAUUACCUGGGACGGUCGCCCUGGCGAAAGACAUUCUUCCCAAGGAGGUUCCAGAUCGGGAUGUCGACGACUUCAGCCUCCGGUCAUUUUUACACGAGUUCUGUAUUGUGCCAUCAGGACCUACCGUAUCCUAUGGUUUUCUAAGUGGUAUCGAGCCGAUAUUACGUAAAAUGGAUGACCAGUCUAGUUUAGCGAAAGCAUGCAAGAUGGCGGCAUUUGCUAGCCACGGCAUCAAGCUCAACCGCCCUGUUUUAACCGCCAAAGCCGAGAAAUUGAAUCAUGAUCUGGUCGCUUCUUUGGCAGUUGGUCUUCAAAGUAAUGCCGCAGCGUCCAAGAAAUAUGACGUCUUGGUCGUGAUGCUUCUUGGAAUUUAUGAAAUGAUUAUCGCGAAUGAUGCACGAAACGGUUUCCACAAUGUACAUGCAAGUGGCCUAGCCGCACUGCUUAAACUCAAAAAGCACCCAAUCCUCGUUCUAGAAGCUCUUCUUGGUGGCAAGUCGCUCGGUAGUCUCAGAGAAGCGUUGCCGAAUGACAAAGAAGGCUUACUCGCUAUUCCAAAUGGGGCAGUUUCGACCAAAUCAUUGGAUUCGCUAUUGAUCUCGCUUGCAAGAAUCGGACAACGAGUAAAGAUCACAGCCACGGAAGGUCUCAUGGACUGUGACGAAAAGGGUUGGCUUCUACUAGAAGCAUUGAACCUUGAUCGAGAAUUCGUACAAUGGAAUGAGUCUCAAGACCAAAUACACAGACCCACAAUGAUUGGCCAAGUGAGCAAAACCACUGCCCUCGAGUGCAAUGUUGGCUACUGGCCUGGAAGGGUGGACGUGUACUUCGACCGCUAUGUCGCAGGCAUCUGGAACAUCUACCGGGCUGCUCGACUAUAUCUUUCCGAACUGAUUCUGAAUCUCUCAAAUGGAAAUCGAAACCCAAGAACAGACCCUCGACACGGGCAGGAUAUGGAUGAUCUUGUUCAGGGUGUGCUAUCUUCUAUUCCCUAUCAUCUGACGGAAAAUCUUUACGGGUUUCUCAAUCAAAUUGACAAUGGAGCUCCGUUGGCGAAUGUUGGGAAAGCAGCCUCUGGGCUCUUUGUUAUGCACCCUCUGCAUGUGAUUUCGAAUCUCUCGCUUGUGGACCUCGAUGUGAGGUGUUAUUUGAAGAGAUGUCUUCUUUGGAUUGGGGAUAAUAUGGGGAUUGGACAGGCUUCUGUCUUUGCAAAGUCCUCAACUUUUGAAACCGAAGACUUUGCUAGCGGCUGCAUGCUUACACUUAUCGGAGUGAGGGUUUAA